UCCUGCUUCAGAUCUAAAAUCCAGCUGUGGUUGGUUCCACAGGGAGCAAAAGUGAUCUAUCUUAUUCUGACCAAAGAAUUUGCAGAUCAAUAUGAUAGGAGGCUAUAGGAAACACAAAGUCUAGCGUCCCAAUUAAGCAUACAUUUUGCGAAUCUGAUGGUUUCAACGGAACUACUACUACAUAGGUGAGGAAUUGGCGGAUUAGGUGCGCGAACCAUCUCGACUAGGACCAAUAAAUCCGAAUCGAGUGGACUCGGGCUAGUACGAUAGACUUCUCUCCCCACGAGAGAUCUAGCAUAUUAAAUGUGAAUAUAAGCCCCCCAACGACUGCACGUUUGCCAUAGAUUCUUCAGCAGACCAAGCAACUAUUCUUACUAUACUAUACCAAGCCGGUCGGUCGCUCGACUCUAUAUGUUAGAGGACCCUUACUAUAACUCACAAUGGCCCACGGAUCUCACGAAAAAGUUGUUCGGCCCGUGACCAAAAAGAAUACGGCUCGAUCACCUGCAGUUAAGGCCGAACCAAAGGGGGCUAUGAAGAUCGUGAGAAAGUUGAAGGAACUAACCAGACGAGAACUAUGGACCAAGGUUGACCCAGAUCAUAGCGUUGAUUGGACCGAUGACCGAGUUUGGGACAAGAUCAAAAACGAAGGUUGCUAUCACCGCGCUGACGAAAUGUUAGUCAGUUGUGGCACGGUGACUAUCAGCCAGCCGGACUCACUCCGACCAAUGGUACUGCUGGUCUUCAACAAAAACAUCGGCAUAUUCCAAUUGCCCAAGGGGCGUAAGAACUUUGACGAGGGAUACCUUGCUGCAGCCCUGCGUGAAACAGCUGAGGAGACCGGAGUAGCUGCCCGAUCACUGCGACUGAGGUUCGGUUCCAGAUCGACGCCACCAAAGAACCAGUCCACCCAGCCCCGAGUCAUAGAGUACGGGAAGGAGGACAGAGACACAGGUAUCACAGAGGGUCUCAGCAACGAGAGUAUCGGUGCUAGUGAAUGGUACUACCAAUGCAUAAUAGAUCCGGAUCCUGCUACCGGGGCGUGGAGGCAUAUUUACUGGUAUGCGGCCCAGCCUUUGGGAGACACCAGACGCGACGAGAGUCGAAUGACCGAUGCAGAGGACCGAAAGAAGUUUACAACUUACUGGUUCUCCGAGACGGAAGCAAUCACCCGGCUCAAGCUAGAGGACGAAAAAUUUAUGGUUCGAAUCACCUUCGCGUACCUCCGUAACAUGUCGGACGAGGACUGGGAGAGUAACAAGAAGCAAGAGGAGAGAGAAAACAACGAGGCAUGAUCGUCUGUUGGGAAUAGCAACAACUAUUAAGAAAGGUAACAGGGGAUAUCUGUGCACGCGACUGAAAAGGGUUGGAAGCACAUACCCGAAGACCAGUAUGCAGUUUGUAGCUAGGUUGGGUAACGAUUCUCAUGAUGAAUGUUCAAUUCUCCAAGCGCAUCAACGAUCAUGUGGCAAUUGAAAUGCUUGCCACUUGGUGAUAUAUCGCGCUUCAUUAUACUUGUACCUGCAGAAUGCAUUUUCGAAUUCGGAAAUGGGGUAUAUGUUGAGACAUCGUCGAUACCGAGCCCCAUUGUUGUGAUGAUAGAUAUCGUGAUAUCUUUUGUCUUAGGAUGGCCUGACAAUUAGAAAAAAGUUG